UUUUAAACGGGACCCGGGGUACGUGACUAGCGAUGUAUCGAAAUUAAACAUCGAUCGCUCCGCGUACGGCGAAGCGAUAUACGAUUGAAUGGUACCGUAACGCGGACAGGCUCAAGACGAAACGAUUCGAUCGUUAAAACUGCUCGAUAAAUAAAAUGGGAAUAUAUAAUUUUCGUUUAAUCUGAUGCAUGCUAGUGAAAAGUUGUCAGUGUUCGUACGAGAAAAUGUUUAGCGACAUCGCGGCUCUCCUUACGGUAUAGCCCCGACCCUUACUACCAACAGCGACCUCUGUGCUGUGUAUAGUAUUUCGCCACUUGAUAUUAAUUCAAAUUUAACCAAGUUCAGUGUAACUUUGUGUUUUGUGUGCGCAUCAUCAGUGAAAAUAUAUAAAAGAAAAAAUAACAAAACAAAAUGUCCGACGCCGCAGUAGCAUCCGAAGCAACAGCGCCCGCGACUCCCGCGAAGAAACCGAAGGCAUCCGCGGGAGCCGGAGGCGCCGCGGCCAAGAAGCCAAAGGCAAAGCCCACCCACCCUAAGACAUCGGAGAUGGUGAACAGCGCGAUCAAGGAGCUCAAGGAGAGGAGCGGCUCAUCGCUGCAGGCGAUCAAGAAAUACAUCGCCGCCCAGUACAAGGUGGACGCGGAGAAGAUGGCGCCGUUCAUCAGGAAGUAUCUGAAGAGCGCCGUCGAGUCCGGCGCGCUGAUCCAGACAAAGGGAAAGGGCGCAUCCGGCUCGUUCAAGCUGGAAUCCAAAUCGUCGUCGGCCAAGAAACCCGCGGGCGGCAAGGCCGCCGCGUCCGCCGUCGCCGGCCGCUCCAAGAAGGUCGCAUCGGCGUCUGUCGCCGCCGGCGCCAGGAGCGGUAAGAAGACCGCCGCAGCCGCCGCCGCCGCGGCAGCGGCGUCUCCCUCGAAGGCCAAGACCGCGGCCGCCACCGCCAGGGACAAGAAAGCCGCCGCCGCCGCAAAGAGGAAGAAGCCCGCCGCAAAGAAGGCCUCCGCCGCCGCCUCCCCGGCCAAAGCGAAGGGCGCCGUCUCCAAGGCGAAAAAGACCGCUAAGCCGCCGACGAAGAAGCCCAAAGCGCCCAAACCUAAGAAGGCGGCGCCCAAGGCGAAACCCGCCGCCAAGAAGGCCGCCGCUGCGAAGAAGUAAGCUAGCGUCGUCGCUCGCUCGCCUCGGCCGCCUCAUCGGACGGACAGACAUCGCCAGUCGCCGUGUGUGUGUGUGUAUGUGCGUACCCACCCGGCGAUGAUGCGUGCGUUCAUAAAGUUCUGCGUGCGGCGUUACAACCGCAACAAACAAUAAAAAGCCCUUUUCAGGGCUAACAAAUAUUUCCUCAAAUGAUAAGAGACACGACUCGUGUCUCGUGUCUCUCGUGUGUUUACAUUUAUUACUCCCUCGUACUCCUACCUCCUACUACAACUAUAAUAUGGUUACACCGGUCAGUCACUGGCCAGGUGGUACCUAGUAAAUUACCUACCUAAUGGUUGAUUGGUCUCUAAUGUACACAAUAAACGAAAACAAACAAUACGUACGUGCGAUAUCAUCCCGCCACUGUCACUGCACUCUGCACUCUGCACUUUCACCGAUAACAUUCGCACUGCAAAUAAAUAAA